AUGUCGACGUCGUCAAGGGACAGCCUGGUGCUGGGGCGGGUGAUCGGCGACGUGGUGGACCAGUUCUCGCCGGCGGUGGCGCUCCAGAUCUCCUACAACGGCCGCCGCCUCAUGAACGGCGCCGACUUCCGGCCGUCGGCGGUGGCAGCGAGGCCGCGAGUCGAGAUCGGGGGCACCGAUCUCAGGCAGUCCUACACGCUUGUAAUGGUGGAUCCUGAUGCCCCAAACCCCAGCAAUCCGACGUUGAGGGAGUAUUUGCACUGGUUGGUCACAGACAUUCCUGGGACAACUGAUAUUGGCUACGGCCGCGAGGUGAUCUGCUACGAGAGCCCCCGGCCGCCGGCGGGGAUCCACCGCGUGGUGUUCGUGCUCUUCCAGCAGAUGGCGCGCGGCUCCGUGGACGUGGCGCCGCUCCUCCGCCACAACUUCUGCACCCGCAACUUCGCCGUCGACCACGGCCUCGGCGCCCCCGUCGCCGCCGCCUUCUUCACCUGCCAGCCCGAGGGCGGCACCGGCGGCCGGCAUAUACAGUCGUGA